AGAGUUAAUGCCUCUAAUUCAACUAUGGGACAGAGAGAGCGAUGUAAACCUGGAAUGCCCACACCGAUCCCAGCAGGAUUCUACAUGGAUGACGUUUGGACGUCAUUUGUGUGUGCCACCCGUCAUUUUAACGCUGCCAAUGACAAAACUCAGUGUUUGAGGGACAAACACAUCUACAUGUUGGGAGACUCCACUCUCUUACAGUGGUACCACUUCAUCAUCGAUUCCACGCCAAGUUUCAGGCGCAUGAACCUACAUACCCACUCCCACAAUGGGCCUUUUUUGGCUGUGGAUCUGGGGAACAACAUCGACCUGCACUACCGCACGCAUGGUGUCCCCCGACGCAACCCCAAGGCCACGUUCACAGAUAUGCACUACAUUAGUAACGAGAUCGAUGGCAUGGCUGGUGGCUCACAAACUGUUGUCAUCUUCAACAUUUGGGCGCACUUCAAACUAUUCCCACACUCCUACUUUGCCCACCGGGUGUCCCAGAUUCGCCGUGCAGUCGUGGACCUCUUGAGACGUGCGCCAGUAACCAAGGUCAUCAUCAAGACAGCUAAUACAGGAUUCAAGGAAGUCGGUAGCGUUGACUGGCUAUCCUUGCAGAAGGAUCUAAUCCUGCGUGAAGUGUUCCGUGAUGUGGGAGUUCACAUCAUCGAUGUGUGGCAGAUGACCUCGUGUCACUAUAACACAGAGGACGUCCAUCCUGAACCAGUGAUCAUCAGAAAUGAAGUGGACCUUCUUCUCUCUUUUAUCUGCCCCGCAUAA